AUGUCUCAGCGCGCUGCAGCAGCAGCAGCAGCAGCAGCAGCACGAGCUGCUUCGGCUGCCUUCCCGCGCCCAGCAGCACCUGCUGCUGCAACCCCAACCCCAGCAGCAGCAGCAGCAGCAGCAGCAGCAGCAGCUCCAGCAGCAGCAGCAGCAGCAGGAGGUUUGUCAGCUUAUUAUUUGAGGUCUUUAAGAAUUGUUUAUGAGUCCACUUCUGCGUCUUCUCUUUCCCACACAAUCAAAACGCUGCAGCAAACGCUGCAGUGGCUUCCCCACAAAACAGCAGCAGCAGCAGCAGCAGCAGCAGCAGCAGCGGCAGCAGCAAGACCGCCAGCAGCAACAACGGAGCCUUCAGAAGCUCCGCCAGCGUCAGAAGCAGACGCAGCAGCACCUGCAGCAGCACCUGCAGCAGCACCUGCAGCAGCAGCACCUGCAGCAGCAGCACCAGCAGCAGCAGCAGCAGCAGCAGCAGCAGCGCCAGCAGCAGCAGCAGCAGCAGCAGCAGGGGUUUGGCUGAACUACCCCGGGGGCGUGCUGCUGCUGCCGCAGCGGCAGCCGCGGCUGGAGUGGAGAGUAACUUAUUUGAAGUCUCCUUUUAAGUUCAAAAGAGCAGCAAAACAUUUUGUCUUCAGAAAAUUCAAAUAUGCUUUCACCUUCAUCAGCCACCAGCAGCAGCAGCAGCAGCAGCAGCAGCAGCAGCAGCAGCAGCAGCAGCAGCAGGUGCAGCAGCAGCAGCAGCAAGCGCAGGAGCAGCAGCAAACGCGGCUGCAGCAGCAGCAGCAACUGCAGCAGCAGCAACUGCAGCAGCAGCAACUGCAGCAGCAGCAGCUAGUGCAGCAGCAGCAGCAGCAGCAGCAGCAGCAGCUAGUGCAGCAGCAGCAGCAGAUGCAGAUGGUGCUCUCUGCAGCGCUGGGGUCCAUGGGAGAGGGGGUUACCAUGAGGGCUGACUUCGAGUGGCACAAUCCUGGGCCUCCCGAAUUUGCUGCUGAGCAGCAGCAGCUGCAGCAGCAGUACUCCUCUGCUGCGGCUGCUGCAGCAGCAGCUGCUGCUGCUGCUGCUGCUGUGCAAGAGGAGCAGCAGCUGCUGCGGCAGCUGAAGCAGCAGCAGGAAAAGAAGAAGCACCACCUCUUCCACAAAGGAGAUCCUCAUUUCUACAGUUUAUAA